GGCGGCUUAUUUGAACUUCUCCUCACUCUCCCGAGGGAAUAUCCGUUCAAGCCCCCUAAGCUAUCCUUUAAAACUCGCAUCUAUCACCCCAACAUAACUUUUGACGACAAAGGUAGCAUGUGUAUUGGAAUCCUGAAGCCAGACAUUUGGAAACCAUCCUCACAAAUCAUUAAUGUCCUGAUAGCCACCCAACAGCUUCUAGUAGAGCCACUGCCAGAUGACGCGAUAGAAACAGAGGUAGCGGAAAAGUAUAAGCACGAUCGCAAGGCAUUUGAAGCAGAGGCAACGAAGUAUACGCAAAAAUAUGCAGCAAAUUAA